AUGAAUAAUAAUCUAUUUAAUUUAAUAAUUAAUAAUAUUUAUAUUAGAAAAUUAUUAUUUAAUAAUGUUAGUUUGAUUCAUAAUGUUUUUGAAGAAUCAGUAUUGAAAUGGUCAGAACUGAUUAUAAGUGAAUAUCAUUUGGCUUAUUAUGGAUAUAUAGAUCAACUAAAGAAUUUAAAAAGUCAAAAAAAGAAUAAUAAUAAAAAGAUCAAUAAUAGUUUAGUGUCUAGUGAUAUUAUACAUCCGAUUCAAGUUUUGGAUUUUGUUUAUCCUCUACCGAGUGUCGCUGCUAAACAAGGCAAUCUACAACUGCUCGAGUAUCUCCUUGAAGUCGGUGAACUCUUCAGCGGCGAAGAGUUGUCGUUGGUGGUGGUUAACCGUCAUUUCCACUUGGUUGGCUAUUUCCUCGAGAAGUUCGGACAAUCACAAAACUUGGAUAGUGCUCUCUGUGCUUGUGCUGAACACGGUCAUUUAGAGCUAUUCCAACAGAUCUAUGAGUACGGUGACGACUAUAACGAUUGGUCGAAAAUCGGAGAUGUUGCAUUCAAACACAAAAACUUCGACAUUGCUAAAUGGUUAAAUGAAAAGCGAGGUGUUACUUGCUGUCCUGACACUGCAACUGAACUGUUCUCACUUGGUGAUCGCGAUAUCAUCGAUUGGUUGUUGAGAACCGGAGUUAGAUUCAGUAGAAGCGUGCUUAUCGAAGCGAUAAAGAUAGGUGAUCUUAAAUUACUUGAUACUCUGCAUAAAAAAAUAUACUAUUUCUUAAACGAUAACCAUGCAAUUCAAACGGCAAUUCAGCACAAUCAAAUGGAGAUUUUGGAUCACCUAAUUUUCCAGAAAAAACUAAGAAGAUCAUCUUUGAAAACCAUAGUGGAAAGAGGAAAUCUAGAGAUGUUGAAACAUCUUUAUCAGACACAACCAACCACUUUCAGAAGGGAUCUCGUCGACAAGGCAGCAGAGCACUGUCAUAUUGAUAUUUUAGAAUACUUGGUGCUGGAAUUAGGUCUGAUUCCAACCGAUGAUUCUUUCAAGUUUGCUGCUGCCAAAGGACAAAUGGAAGCAAUAGAAUUCCUAUAUAAUCAUACGGCAAUCAAACCAAAUAUAUCUUCACUCGAAGAUGCAAUCACCAACAAUCAAUACGAAGUAGUAGAAUGGAUUGCCAUCAACGAACCCAAACUUAUUCAACAAUACCUAUCGUUUGCUAUUACAAAACGAACCGAUAUCAGAAUAGUAGAAAUUCUCUUUGAUUUGGGAGCAACAUUCAGUCACCUGAAUUAUGUCUUUGAGGCACUCCGAUACGGUAGAUUUGACCUUGUCGAUCUAUUUUUCGAUUCGGUUUCGUUGGAUAGUAAAAGUAUGUUGGCUUUUGGCAAAUCGAUGUAUACCAACCAUUAUGCAUUACCAUUCAAAUCUGUUAAAUACUUUUUCAACAAGUAUUGCGAUAUCAAUAGUUGCACAAAGAAUAUCAGUAUAAAAGAUCUAUCAACUACCCAUUUGGAUCAUGCACACUUUCUAUUGGAGCGAUUGGAUGAUGACCAAUGGAAGGAGCUCUUACCGAAACUAUGGAAUAUGUCAUUGGGUUUCAUCCGAUACCUAUUGGAAUAUAAAAGAAUACCAAUGCCACCCAAUUUUUGUGAAGAUCUAGCAAAAAUCAAUGAUUUUGAAAAGAUAAAGUAUUUACAUCAUAAUGGAUUGCUAGAUUCUACCAAAGUACUGGAUAUUUCAGUCGAGCGUGGUCACAUGUAUUUAAUAAGAUUCCUUCAUCGAAAAACAACUCUUGAAUUCUCAAAGGAUGCAGUAUUAUAUGCAGCCAGCAGAAGUUUUAAAAGUGUCGUAAAAUAUAUCUAUUACAAUGGAAUGAAUCAAAGUGAUUUCAUCACUACCAAUGACAAACCAAAUCCAAAUGUUCCAAUCGAUAAUUUUUGGUCAUAUCCGUUAUGCUUAAAAAGAUCUAUUGUUAGCAAUUCAUAUUUAAUAAAUAUUAAUAGUAGUAGAUCUAAAAUUGAUCAAACUAGUUUAAACUUUAAAAGAUCAAUCAGUUUUUUUAAUAAAUUAUUUAAUAGAGAUUCAGUUAAUAAUAAUAUCAAUAGAAAAGAUCAAGAAUAUACAAAGAAACUAACAUAUGUUCAAACACUUAGUUUUAUUGAUCAUGAUGAAGAUUCCUUGAAGAAGAUAGAUGAGGUUAUUGCGGAGUACCCAAAUGACUUCAAAGCACUUUUAGUUAGAAUUCGAAUCUGUUCGAAAUUGAAUAACAAGAGUGAAACUUGGAAUACCAUUUGCGCUGCUGUCAAUUCGCUUCUAGAUACAACCGCUACUUUCAAAUCGACCGAUGAUUUUCAAAGAGCUUACGAAACCUUGGUGGCCACAGUAAGGGAGCUAAUUGAACAAUCUAGUAUCGAUCACACAAUGGCUGAUUUCUUUAGAGCUGUUACUAAAUUGAAUACCGAUCUACCUGGUUAUAUUGUACGUCCGGCCUAUUUAGAAUUUCUCAGUGUCGGAGAUAAUGUACAAUGCUAUUCUAUAUUAAAAAGGUUGGAGAAAUCAAAAGAGUUCAUACCAUUCGAUUCAAUACAGUUGGGACUGCUAGAGUAUAGAAGAGAGGAAUAUGAAAAGUCACUGGAACAUAUUGACGGUGGAUUAGCAUCAUUCGAUGAAAUAGAGAAUUCAGAAUGGAGAGUUAUUAGUAGGGAACUUUUAAUCUCUGCUCUUAAUGUCAAACACCUUAUAUAUACCAAACAUAGACCAGACGUCCAAGGAGCGAUAGGCUCACUCGAACUUCUAGUUAGAAAGUAUCCAGAUUAUGAACCGUACAAAAUCAAUGCUUCUCUUGCCUAUUUAUACUCUCAGCGUGCAGUAGCAAGAUUUAAAGAUUCUCUUAAACAUGCGAAAAUCGCAAUCAAACAUUUAAAUGAGAAUAUUAAAAAUGAACGAUUUGAAUUGUAUUCAAACACUAUAGCUUGUAUGACUCGUUUGAAACUGGAAAGAAGUGAAUGUGAUAAGUUUAUAAAUGAGAGUAUGGCAGAUGUGCAAAGAUUAAGUUCUACUAUUGGAGUGACCAGAGAAAUGGUCGAUUUUUUGGGACUGGCUGCUUCCGAUUAUGUUUUGAGUUUGGAUUUUAAUUGGAAGGAGUGGAAUGAAUUCAAAGAAAAGACAUGUUCAGAGACAGACAGAGAUCGAAUUUUAUUCAUCAAGAGAUCGUCAUCAAACCAAGAGAUAGCUGAAUCCCUUGCCCUUUGGAUAUCUUUGCUUGAGAAGCAUAUGGCAACAACAUCACCCAGCAAUGAUGGUUCCAUAUUUCUCAAUCAUCUGAAAUCUAUUCUCCAGACUACUUCGAUAAUGGUAGAUUUACUGAUUCGUGGUAAUCUAGAAUUCCAAAUUCCAUACGGUAUAGCUGGUAUGAUUAAUUCAAUAUUAGACAGGGCCACCAACUAUAUACCUUCAAACGGCAACUCACCAUUCUAUCUAUAUCCAUGGAAAAUGGUUAGUUAUCCUUCGACGACUUCAGAAUCCAUAGAUUACCUCUUGGUGAAGAAUUUUCUAAACCCAGACACAUAUGAGAGUUCCUACAAAAGAGUUGAAAGCUUAAUCAAGUCUGGCAAAUCGAUUGGAUAUGCUUUAAGAUUCGGUGCAUUCCCAGAGACAAUAGAUGCAACAACAGAAGAUCAACUCGAAGUCCUAUUUGAUACCGAAGAGAAAUUGGAUCGAUUCGAUAGUGAAGCUGACAAAUUAUAUUUCCAAGCUAUUAGAGGUUAUUCAGAAGUGAUGUUUCUCAAAUCCAGUCGAGGUAUUGAUAAACUACAAGCGCUAGUAACAAAACAACCAACUUUCUACGUAGCUCAAGUACUGUUGUCAACAUCACUCAUCUCUCUUGGUAGAUUUAAUCAAGCUAAAUCAGUACUAAAUAAGAUAAUGGACAAUGAUAAGAUUAACCAUCAUAUCAAAUCAGUAGCGACAUUACAUCUUUCAACUAUCGAUUACAUAGAAGGCGAUUAUCGAUCGGCAUUGGAUAGGUUAGAAUCAAUCUAUGUAAAAGGAUGGUUGGAGUUGAAUUCAGAUUCAAUGUUAAACUACCAGAUACGAUGCAGAUUGGUAUCUGUUCAUGGACAGAUUUUGGUAAAGAUAUUUAGUGAUAUGAUUAAAGAGAAUGAUUCGAUAUCAAAGGAACACAAGAUGCUUUUCUAUUUGUCAAGAUCAAUGGCAAACGUGUUAUUGUUUAAUUUCAAAGAAUGUAUGACAGAUUUUGAAAAGCUAGAUAUUGAAUAUUCACAAAUCAUUAGACAUGUAGAAAAAACAGUAGGAAGGUUGGUUAACGUAGCGCAGUUUGAGUAUCUAAACAAACAUUAUAAACUAUUCUUACCCUAUUUGGAGCAAGCCAACUUGGAACCACUUCAAAUCAACACCGAUGACAUAAUUACAUCACUCUAUAUUGCUGCAUCCAGUCUAGCAUCCUCAAUCAACAAACCAACUCAAAGUAAACAACUUAUACAAGAAGCACAGAAAACUAAUGAAUUUAAAUUGGAUGUUUUAGAGUAA